GGAGGCUGACCUCGUGGACAGAAGAAUCCCACAGAACGCCAUCUACAAGCUGCAGAUCAAGCAACAUUUCUUUACAAUGGCUUCAGGAGAAAAGUCAGAGGUGCCAGCUGCCAGUGAAACUGUGGUGGACCAAGAUAUGGUGGACUGGUUUAAAGAGUUGUUUGAUGAAGAGUCUGUGGUAACAUCACAUUCUAAGCCUUCAGCAGCUGGUCCAGAAAGUGUCCCUGAAGGAAUAGAACCACGUAGAUACAGCCUCCGAGACAUUGAACAAAAGAGCCUUUAUCUACAGGACAAAAACCUGGUAGCAGCCCCCCUGCAAGGUGACAACUCUGCUCAAGAAGAGAUCCUCAGUGUGCUUCCCAAUAGAUCCCUGGAUCGCAAGAGGAUCCCUCUGAUCUUGACGGUCAAAGGGGGCAGCCAGGGAAUCUCAUGUGGUAAAGAGGGCCAGCCCAAACUGCAACUGGAGGAUAAAGACCUCAUUUAUCUUUUCAACAAUAACGAGGAGGCCAAACGAUUCACCUUCUUCAAGUCUUAUAAUAGCAGCACCCACACAUUUGAAUCGGCGUCUUACCCUGGGUGGUACCUCUGCUCUCCAGCCGAAGCUCACAAGCCUCUCAUGCUCACCAGUGACCUGGGAGGAGCUGCGAUCACUGACUUUUAUUUCAACCGUAAAUAGCCCAGGGAACUAAAGCUGAGUCUGUAUGGGUCAAUUUCGCCGGGGGAAUCUGAAAUCACUUUCAUUUCCAGAAAAUAGCUCCAGGAACUGGUACUAGCCGAGGAAUACAUGCAGCUAAUCCAAGCACCAAAAGGGGCAGAAAUGCCAUCCCACAAAUGCACAAACAAUCUGAUUACUCUCCUAUAGCUAACUCUUGUAGAUUGUCGUUGGCAAUGUUUUUAACACAGCUGGAAGGAGGAUGGGGAAAGUGUAGUCUGAAUGCAAUGAAUGUUUCAUGAGAAAGAUGCAAGAGACACCCUGUCUAUAGGUGUAGGGAGGGAAGAACUAGGAGGUUGAAUUGUAGAGUAUGAUGGCUACUCUUUGUGAUAGGCAGAGCAAGCAUUUGAGAACAGUGGGUAGAAAUUCUGGGAUCUGUUUUUGAAAACAAUCUUAUUGUUCUGUCCUUAGGGUCAGUAAUGACUCGGUGCUUGCAGAGGGGACUACCUUUACCUAGUUUUUAUAAUUUAAACACUAUUUAUAUAAUUUUUCCUUGUGCCAUUUGGAGAUGUUAUCUUUUCUGUUUUUAUUGUUACCCUGAUAGGACCUGGGUUGGGAGCUCCAGAUAUGUACAUGAAUUGCAAGUCAUUAUCCUGCCUCCAACAGCUCAGUGAACCAAAGCUUUCAUGAACUCACUCUCUGGCAGUGACUGUGUCUGAAAGGAUGCAGUUUUUGCAUGUGUCUUCUUUGGGGUAGAUGUUGUUGCUUGCUUUAUGUGCUUUUUUAUUGGUUGCAGAAUUGUUUAUGUUUCAGCAUGGAUGCAUUGAUUUGAAUUGGUGUAUGCCAUAGGUUUGAGUUUAUUUAAUAUUUAUUGUGCUUUUGUGUUUUAUUAUGACAUGAGAACUUGCCCCAAGAACCUUCAGUCUGGGAGGAUGAAAUACAAAUGGUUAAAAUAAAUGAAUGAAUGAAAGAAUGAAUGAAAAAUGUGCUGUGUGCACCCCCCCCCCCGCCCCAAUGAAUCAAGAGGAAUCAUGGCUUGGACGUUGCCACCCACAGGACCCUGAAAAGUUCCUCCAUUUUCCAGCAAAAAAGAAAGGCAUGGGGAGUGUGAUCAUUAUGGCUCAGCAGAAGUGCAACAGAUUCCAGUUCUUGAAUUCUUUACUUAUUUGAUUAGGCACUCAGUGCUUCUUCACCAGGAACUGUUGGCAACUGAUUACACCACCCUGAGAAAGUUGUUUGUCUAUCCUCCAGGGAAGCAUUCCCUUGAACAGUUUCCCAAGUACAGAAGCUGGCUGGUGGACUGUCAUCUCUAUCCAGAUGUAGAAUCAGGAAACCUUUCUCUGUCUACCUUUUCAGCCUCUGGACCAUCACAGUUUCCUUUGGCUUUAUAUUCUUCAGGCCCAGAAAAUUGCCCUGUUGAUUUCCUUGUUGUCAUGUAUUCCCCACUUCUUCAAAGGGUGAGCAGUUCUACAGGAAGCACUUACCUGAGUUGGUCCCCUUUGGAGGGGAGAGCAUGGGAGUCCUAUAGAGGAGAAGAAUGCCCACUAUUCUACAUCAAAUCUUGAUAGAGAUCUUGUACUUAGGCUAUGCUUUAGACAACUAACAACAGUCUCUGUCUGCCUUUCUUCUAAAUUAAAAAGAAAAACCUGCUGUUUCUUCACACAUCAUCACACCAACUGGGUGUUAUGAGAACGUUGAUGGAAAUGUUUGAUUGAUGUGUUAGUGUUGUGAGCCUUUGAGAAAGUUUGGCUACAAAAUAGGAUAGAAAUAAAUGCUGGCAAAGUCCGUUAGGCUCCGCCUUUCAACAGCCACUAAGCAAUUAUCAUCUUGAAGAAUCCUCAAGUGCACUGUCUGUACCUGUAAAACAGAAAAAGUUUUUGUGGAAAACUUUUGCAAGUUACUCACUUCUCAAAGUUCGUGUUGGCAGUUUGCCUUAUCAGCAGGAAUUGCAACAUUGCACUUUAAGAAUAUUUCUGAAAUAAGCUGGGACUCUCCAGCAAAUUUAUGCAUCUGUUGGUGUUUGUAAAACUUUUUGGAUAGGACCUAUUUAUAUUUACUUAUUGUAUUUACUGUACAGGUAUAUUUAUUGCAUGUAUAUAGCACUUUAGC